GCGGUCGAAGAAACUCUCAGAGCGGCCUCUUGCUCUCUCUGUAUCCUCUUCACCUUUUUGCUUGGGUAGCCACAGUUCAGAAACGUUCAUCACGGCGCAUAUCUCAGGACAGCUCCGCGGAGGAACACAUCAAAGAGAGAAACCUGAGGACAAAGAGACUCAGCUGUCCCAUUGAUCAUAUCACAAUGAAGCCGCUGUUUGUUCUCCUCGUUUCCACUGCCUGGACUUUCACUGGAGCUCAGUAUUACUACCAGGGGCUGAUGGAUUAUCUUGAGAACAGAUUGUUGGCUAUUGAGGACCAGAUGCAGCUGUGGCACGAACAGUUCCAUCGGUACCACACAGAGAUGCAGGAUUUCAAAAAGCUGAGCGCUCAGGCCAUGGAGGGGCUGAAGAACGACCACGGCAUGCUGUUCAAAGACCUGGAAGGAGCCGCGGUCCGAGUUGACAGGAUGGAGCGAGAGAUGGACUUUGUGGAAGCCCAGACUUCCCCUCGAGCCUGUGCAAACAGGGCAGACAAGGUGGUGGAGCAGGAGGCCUGGGGGCUGGAGGAGAGCAGAGGAGAGGAAGAGGAGGAAGAAGAGUGGGAGGAGUUGCACUCUAGAGUCUCUGACUGUGUGGAAAUCAUCUCUGGCAUCCGAUCCGUAAAGAUCCUGAAGAGAGUGGGAAGUCCCAAGGGCAUGUGGACCAGAGACCCCAGGUCGUCCAAGGUGUACAUCUUUAACGGGACAUCAGGAGACACCAUCUACCAGUUCAACUCUGUGCGUGACUUUUCCCGCUCUCCGGGAGUCACCCCCAGCAGUAACGUCAGGCUUCCCUCUGAGUGGAGCGGCCCUGGUAAUGCCAUUUAUAAUGGUUAUUUGUACUACAUUCAGCAGGAGGCUGAUGCAGACAUGCAGGUGGUCAAAUAUGACCUGCUUAGCGGCUCAGUGACAGAAACUGCCAUGUUCCCUGUGGAGAGUCAAGCUAGUGUUUACAGCCUCAAUCCAGAGACCGUUGCAGACCUUGCAGUGGACGACGAGGGCCUCUGGCUCCUGUAUGCCACCAGUGACAGUGAACCAAACAUCAACCUCGCAAAGAUGGACGCUGCCACACUUGACAUAGAGCAAAUCUGGGACACACGGUGCCCACGGGAGAAUGCAGAGGCGGCUUUUGUUGUCUGCGGGACUGUUUACGUCGUUUACAACACCCGACUGCCCAGCCGCUCCCGGGUCCAGUGCGUGUUUGACGUCAAUGACAUAGUGGUCAGCGAGGAGGCUCCUCUACUCUACUUCCCUAGGCGGUACGGAGCCCACUCCAGUCUCAAAUACAACCCAGAGGAGAAGCAACUCUACGGCUGGGACGAUGGCUACCAAAUCAUUUAUAGACUGACCAUGAAGAGGAAACUUCUGGCCUGACAGCACAGAAGUGGUGGUUGAAGGCAAGCAUUUAAAACAAGGGAGCAGUGUGGUCCACCCUUUUCCUUGUCCCACAGUAUCCUGCCAGGAAAAGCUUAGUUUAGCAUAAAGUUUGGAGACGAUGAAAGAACUCGUCUAGAAAUAACCAAAAAAUCAUAACAGCACCUCUAAAACACCUCGCUGGAACUACACUAAUAAACAUAUUUUUACCACUUUUUAAAUUGUGAAUAAUUAUAAGGUAAUAUUGGUGAGAUUUAGAGGUUCCUUUGACAAAGACAAGCUAACUCUUUGUGACCUGGCUUCACAUUUAGUGUUUAAAUAAUGAGGGGUAUUAAUUUUUGGAUGUAACUCUUGCAAGAAAACAAAUAAGCAUAUUUUCCAAACUUUUUCUCAACCUUUAUGGAUGUCACAACACCAGAUAUUUGGUAUUUGGUACCAAUACCACUAAAAUUCUACAAUUCUUAUGAAUAAAUCUGUCUCAUAAAUGUUUUUCAAGCAAUUAUUUCAUUCAUUUGAACUGUUAUUAGAUAUCACUGCAUCAGUCUACAAAGAUCAUACAAUAACCUUUGUGUGCAUUGCGAGCAUGACCACAACGGAUUCAGCUGAGCUGUCAUCCUAGUGUCCAGUAUCUCUAGACGUCAGUUACUCACAUCUGACAGCGAGUGUGUAACAUGCUGUGUGCUCUCACAAGCACUGGUUGUAGAUGAAGAUGGACAAACCCUCUGUGACGUCAUCCACAGGAUUCCUGAAGAGUGGUUUUGAAGUUAAGUGCAGUGUCUCAGGCCAUUGUCAUUUUGAUAGAGCUUGGCUAAGCCUAACUCCUGUCGCACUGGCCAAAAAGAAUGAGUGGAGACGAAGCUGCCCUCUCGGCACCUGUGAGGUCACACAACAACCACCCGAAGCGGCCAUUCCACAAAAAAACUUUAAUGUCAGAUACAAUUUAGACUCAAAGUGGUCAUUCAAGGUUAUUUUAUAGUGUGUAGUCUCACUGAAAGACUGUUUGCCUCUUUUGCUGCUAUCUGCUAUGGCCGACAACGUAACAAAACAACCAAAAAUCUAGGGUUGUCAACUCCCUGAAAUAUAAAUAACAAACUAGGACAAAAAAUCGGCCCUGGCAUUUUAGACCAGACCGGCCCACCAAAUUUGCUAACACACACCUUUUCGGUCGUUGUUUUGGAUUAUCUGAUAGGCAUAACACUGGCAAUGAACAAAAUCAUGUCAUUUUAAAAAGUGUGAUUUUCUUUCAUAGUAGCCUGCCUUGUCUUCAGCCACCUAGGCUACGUAAAAAUUGACCCAAACACAAAAGUAACAAAAACAAAAGUAGCUUAGCAUAGGUCUACUAGUUAAACAAUUAAUAGCCUAAUGAUGAAAUCAGUUUUCAUGUUAGUAUGUCAUGGUUUUACAUUUACAAAUAUACUUAUUGGAUUGUCUUGUAAAUAGGGAACACAGCUGCAUUGGCAUAAGAUGGGCAAUGGACAAAAUGAUGUAAUGCUGUGUGAAAAGUGUACUUUUCUUUCAUUUCUGUACAUUGUCCUUAACCGCCUACAUAAAAAACAAUUUACUUUUUCCAGCUGUCACAGUUUUAAAAGACUACGUAAGAGCGAGACAUUUCAUUGUUUGGGUGCUACAGAAAAGGUGCGCUUGUAGGCGGUGCAGUACGCCUUGUACACAUUAUCAUUGUCUCUCUCCAACCGUACGUUGCUAUUCUAAUCUGUUUUUUUAGUCCUUUUUAGACACGUUAAUGUUACUGCUCGUUCAAGGUGUACCAGCCGAGGCCAUUGCGUCAGUGUCGUCUAUACUGCUUGUUCUUCUGUGUUUAAGGUUUGUUGUCAUUUCCUAGCAACAGGUAGGCCUGGCAAUAAGAUUACCGCAAAUGUUCAUAUAAAGCGCCCCUGUCAUUCAUUGAUUCCAGUCACUUUUUUUGGUUCGCAUGGAAACACGGGACAGAGUGUGCCCCAGUUCAGCUUGAUAUGAAAUGCGUAACUUUGUUUCUAAAUACAGGACGAUUCUGCUUUUCAAGGGACGGUUGGCAACUCUGUCAGCUAAAAUUCAGCUGUUGGUCGUCAUCCAUUUAAAAAUGAAUUAGUGAAACAAAGUUAGUUGAACUUUGACUUGUGCUGCAUCACAUCCAUCACAGCGUCUAGUGUCUAGCAUCAGUUUGUAGCUUCAUAUCUCCGACUUCCAUUGAAGAUGACUCGUAGUCUGUGGUGUUUUUUCCGUCGCUAGUGUGAACACAGUAUUUCAUGUUAGAUUAGCGCAGACUUAAGUCAAUGAGGUUGACCACGAACUGAUCAACCUUAAAAUGUUGCCUUUUAGUUUUAAAUUAUUUUUAGAUUGUUAAACACUAUACAUGUAUAAAAUGAUAUGUAUGCUUUGUUAAGCCUUUGCUAGUUGAAGGCUGAUGUAUUUUUACAUUUUCCAUUUUAAUUUACAAUGUACUGUGUGUGUUGUUUUUUUUUUUUGUUUGUUUGUUUGUUUUUUAAUCAUUAUUCAGUUGUACAUAGCUGCUAACCCUCGCAGACCAGUCAUGUAAGAAGAGUAGCCAGAAGUCAUAAUAUCUGCAAGGUAUCAACAUUUCGGUAGCUCUUCAGUCAUGGUAAAUGUAGUGCAGAAUACAGAUAAUAUCACACAUUUCAAAUCAAAUCAGCUAGCCUUUGAACACUGAUUUGAUCAUUUCCAUAUAUGUACGAUAUAAACAGAACAAAGAAAAAAAAAACAUGAAAUGCCGUUCAGUUUGAAAGUCUUACUGCUGUGUGAUGUGCAUGUCCUCCCCUCGUUUAAUUCGACUGUUUGAUUCAGAUGAAAUCCCAUUUCCUUUGUGCCGGCUCUUGCGUGUUAAGCUACAGGCUUUGUGGUCAUUAUCUGGUGUGUUUGCCAGAAAACUCACAGCUCCGUGCCCAUUUUGCAUAAGUCUUUUAAUCAAAGAAAAGAAAACCAUGUCACAGAACUGAUAACACAUCACACCCCGUGGAAGAAAAUACAAAACAAAAAAAAAACAACAAGCAAUUUUCUGAUGUUGAUUUUCAGACUUGUUGAAACAAAAGAAUGACAAUUUUUAGUGGUGGAAAUACUGUAUGCUAUUUCGGUUUACUUUACACACUCGGGUUAUGAGUUUUCAUAAUUAUCAAGAACCUAAAAGGAUAAUAGAUAUUAGUCUGAACUAACAUUUUCUCAAACAUUUCUAUUGUUACAAAUACAAAAUGUUCAAUAAAAAAUUGGAAAUUCGGUGCUAUCAGUUGCAAGGGAUACGAGAUCAUAUCAAGAAACGUUACAAUAUUAGGCAAAGCUAGAAGGUCUUGAAACAGUCCAUGAACUGAGGCAAUUGAUUUAUCUACUAUGAAAACACAACACGUCGUCAGAGAAAUAUAUGACCAUCAUAAAGCACGUUUCAUAAAAGAAGGAACAGAAACAAGAUUAUUAUUAUUGUUAUUAUUAAUAUCAUUAUUAUUAUUAUUCAACCACUUGUUUCAAAUCGUACACUUAAAGAAUAUAUUAGAAAUCUAUAAAUAAUGCCAUUAGUCUAGAGAGGAAUUUCACCAUUAAAACGACUGCGCGAGUGAGAGCAAAUUUAAGACCGUCACAUUAGUGGAGGGGUGUUGAUGCUAUGGUGGAUUACAGCAAGCACUAACAACAAUGCACUGACUCAUUCUCGCUACGACAAGUGCCAAUUAGAGAAAUGCCACUUCUCAGUAGAUGCUGACCCCUCCACCCAUCAGCUGCCCCUGCUCUGUCAUCUCAGUCUCUUCCACAAACACAGAGCCGCUGCAGCUCUCUGAGUAAACUAUCCGCGGAGGUAAUGGCUAAAACAGACUCUUCUGGAUCUGCUGAAUGCAUCUGCUCGUGUCUUGAUGUCUAACCCCCAAUUUUUCAAUGACAUCUUCAAAAACGUGGUGAUGGAUAGCUCGUUUCGCAGCGGACGGAAGCUGAGCUGUGCCAGAGAUGUCUAGACUCAUCUCCAUCCGGGCCCAGACCAUAUCAGACUAAAGAUGCUGCUGUAGAGAUAAUACAAAACUACUGUUCAAUAAAUGUUCUCCUCUCCUAUCAAAAGGAAACGAUCCGUGCAAGCCCUGCUGAAUUUAAUCUGUGAAUGUUGGCUGGCAGCUUUCCUGCUUGAUAUCACUUUUUCUCUGUAGCUUAACAUUUCCUGGUGUGAACGUACUGAUUGUAUCUGGGCUUGCCAAUUACAGCAAAAUAAGUCUACUGACACGGGAGGAAAAUCCUGAAACUGGAAUGAAAGAAUUAUUAAGGUUUUGUUUUUUAAUUAUUAUUAUUAUUUAUUUCAUUUUUUUUU